AUGAGCGACGAUCGAUUCACGUAUAUCCAUCUGAGGUCAGAAACCUCGUUGUGGUGCUAUGCGGAUGACCAGGUGGACUGGGCCCUGGAAGACCUUGAAGAUCGGGUUGACCAAUCCGCCUGGGACAUGAUUCCGCCGUACCAGAACGAGGAUGACGAGGGUAUCUUGCCGUCCCACUCGCAUCCAUCCUACCCAUUUGGGAACCCGUACGACCCGAGCCAGACCCCAGUCCAAGCGCCGCAACUAGCCCGGGUGAUCAACCAGCCCUUGGCGGUCGGCUCGGCGCUCCUGCUGCCGUCGGCCAGCGCCGAGCCAGGCCAGGCGUACUGGGCCGAGCUGGCCACCGACCGCCUCCUGCGCCCCUCCGGCCCCCCCGAGCCGCUCGACGACCUCCAUCCCGACGACCUCCCGCCCGACCAACUCGACCUCCCCCAUCACCAUCGCUCCACCGAUCCCCGCCACCUCGUCCCUCCUCCCAACAUCUCCCCUAACCUUGCGACCCCCAAUCCUAACUCCUAUCGCCCCCCUCCUUCCGCUCAGACCGCUGCCGACCAGACUGAGUUUUUCGGAUCUGAGGAGGACGACGAGCAGUCCGGCGAAACCGGUGCUAUGGUCGAAUAG